AUGGAGCUCACCUCCAGGACCAAGCUAUAUUUCUUCUCCUCUGUCCACGAUUUUCUUCUCCCAACCUUCUCCCACAUCACACUUCUCUUCAUCUUUCUCCCCACAGACAUCAUCAUCAAGCAGCAACUCCUGCUUCGAAUCAAGCUUCUACAUCAAGCAAGAGACUCCCGAAUCUACAACAAGCCCUUCUAUCAAGCAAGAAAGUCCGGCACCACUCCUCCCAAGCUCCACUGGUCGUUCCUGUUACGAAGCGACAAAAUGGCCCCAUACAUGUUUGAGGAUCCAUUCCAGGCCGGCAUCAACCCCUACAUGGGUGCGGGUUUUGACGCUUCCCUCCUGGGAAACAUCUCUCUACCCUAUGGAAACGCCCACUAUGUCCCUAAUGGGAUCACCUAUCUUGCCGACAGCCUUUCCUACGACGUACCUAUGGGCGUCAGUCAACCCUGGGGCGUCGCCGACUCCCUUCCUGCCGGUGCCACCUACGGCUUCCCUACUGGCAUGAACCAAUUCCCCAAUGCCGUCAACUAUAUUCCCAACGUCGGCAAGAAUGUCCUCCCUGGCCGCGUUCAGGAGCCUGUCUGGGCUCAGAACUCCGAGCCAGCUCAGCCUGCCGGUGUCGAUGCUAUCGUCAAGAAUCGCGAGGCCUGCUUGCCCGAGGAGGCGCUCAAGGCUGCAGCUACCAUUCGAGAGAAGUAUCCGCAGGUACCAAAGGAGGUGUACGCUUCCUUCCUGAUCCCACCGCCCAAGGGCGAUAGGGUUGCCAGAAACGAGUAUGCAGACCGAAUGAGGGAGUAUAAGAUACCGCAUGGCCUGAUCAUCAAGCUCGGGCAAAUGGACUGUGCUGAAGCAACUCUCCGGGGGGGCCUCCGUAACAAGAGGCUCCCGGCCAAACAACGACCUCGCAGCAGCGACGAUAUCUGGAAUGACCAAUAUGUCGUUGCUCUGCUCUUGGCUGUUGACGAUGUGCAGAGGCGUAUGGGUAUUCCCAGGUGCAGCACCCAUGGCAUCGCCUGGGAAGAAGUCACAGAUGGAAUGCACAAGAUAAUGGGACCGAAGAGCUUCAAGUUUUCCUCAAUUGCAGUGUCCCGUCGCUACAAGUGCCAAGAUCCUUUUGAGGGUGAUGUAGAGAAGAAGAACAAGAAAAAGGCUAUGAAGAAGAAGGACUGA